UGUCAGCAGUAACCUAUAAGCAGUGAGAGAAGCGAACAGUUAAGUGAAGAUCGUCUCUUAUUUGACUUGUAUUUAUUUAAAAAUUUAAGAUUUGAAUUUAGUUCUUUGACGUAAAUUCGGUGUUUAAUAAAUAUAGCCUUAUAUAGUUGAUAACCUUAUAACUUCAAUGUGAGCAAAAAAGAAUUAUUUUGUCAAAGUCCACAUAAAAGUAUUCGUGCGCGAGAGAGUCGGCAUUGAGAGUCGGAUAAUUGAGAGUUCAUUUUCUUUGCUUCUGUAGUGCACUUGUCCAGUUGCAUAUUGAUUAUAACUCCAAACUUGUUGCCGUCGUCGUCGUCGUCGUCGUCGUCGUAUAGCCACAAGGGACUUCGGGUUUAAUCGAUAAAACGAAAAGUAUAUUAGAUAAAAUCACUUAAAUUUAAAUUAUUUUCUAAUUUUUAGCAAAUUGUCUAGCGAGCAAAUACGCUAUAAUGGACGAGUAGCUAUAGUGGCUGGUGAUGGUGCCGUCUUUGGAUGUGAAUAUGCCUUGCUUUUAGCUGAACGGGAGGCUAAAGUUUUUGUCAAUGACUCGGGUGGCACAAACAGCAAUGAAAGUGCCUCCACACGUGCAGCGAAUUUUGUCGUGAACGAAAUCAAAUUAACAGGCGAAAUAGCUGUAGCCGAUCAUAAUUCGAUGGUCGAUAGGGCUAAGAUUGUUGAAACGGCAAUUAAGAAUUUUGGUUGUGUAGAUAUAGCUACUAACAAUGCCGGCAUUUCGCGCGAUCGUAGCAUUCCAAAAAUCUCAGAACGAGACUGGGAUUUCGUACACCACGUCCGUUUGAAAGGUACCUUCAAAGACACCCUAGCCGCUUGGCUUCAUAUGAAGAAGCAAAACUAUGGACGCAUUUUUAUAACAUCUUCUGAUUCGGGCAUGUAUGGUAAUUUCGGUCAAGCCAGCUGCUCGGCUCCAAAAAUGGUUUUGAUACGUUCGGUUAAUACGGUAGCCAUCGAAGAGGAGAAAUAUAAUAUACACUGCAAUGUUAUUAUACACCCAGCUGCUAAUCGUCUAAUACAAGAUAUUUUGAUUAUUUAAAGCCUCAACUGAUCGCAUCCGUAGUGGCUUACUUGUGCCACGAAUCAUGCAAAGAUAAUGGGAAUGCCUUCGCGAGUCAUGCUUUCGAGACGAAAUAACCACCGAUCAAUUUUCAAUUUUGCAAGCCCCUGACCGGCUUAAUCUAAACCAGUCAUAAACGCAAGGAGACAAAUUCGCAAUCGCCAUAUGUUUCCCGUGCAAGUUAAGGAUGACUUCCUGAAUUGCUUUUGCUCGAGAUGGAAGGACGUGCGCGAAAUUGCAUUAUAUUCAAGCCUACAUUUUUUGCACUAAAUCUCGCGAAUCACUUUCUAACUGCUCUAUGAUUUGGUGAACUUUCACUCGUAGUCAGCUCAAUCAUUUCCGUAGUUUUAGUUGCCUUUUUUCCCCGCCUAAUGCAGUUAGGAGCAGAAAACAACACAAUGCCGUAACUGACA